AAAAGAAAGAAAAAGGUUUGGGGGGGGGUGUUGGUGGCGAGAGGGGGAGGGGAGCCGGCUCCUCGGCCUGCUUUCUCCUGCCCGAGACUUGUUUGCAAUCGCUGCCUCUUUUAUUUACGAGAAGAAAUCUCCCCCUCGGUACUUCUUGGCUGUUUGGGUAUUAAUUUUCUCCUCUCCCCUCUCUCGCUCGCCCCCUCCUCCUCUUCCCCCACCCCGCCCCUCCUCACCCAGUAGCUAAGGGGAAACGAAAACAAAGCCGAUUUCUCCUUGGCAACAAGAGAUACCCCCUCCCGCCGCCCCCCCUUCCUUUUUCCUUCUGGUUCUGAACGUGAAACCCUGUUGGAAACAGGUCCCUUGACCCUCGCCCUUGACAUUCAAAUGGCUGAAUGGAGGAGAGAUUGCUACUCGCACGUCUUGGGGCUGCUUCUCUCUCUCUCUCUCCCUCUCCUCUCUCCUUUUUUUCUUUCAAAUGAGUAAUCCCUGAAGAUCUUAACCCCCCAAUUUCAUCACCCUCACCUCCCCCCUUUAUUUUUCUCGCGCUCCUCUCCGCUCUCCCGCCUGCUUCCCUCCGCCGUGCGCCCCCCUCCUUUUUUUAUUUGCAUCUCAAGUCCAAAAGGCAGAAAAUACACACGCGGCGAAGACACCGGGCAGCCGUGGAGGCUCCGGCCCGUCCUCGGUCGUCAGUCACCCCAUUGUGGAUCUGCCCGGGCCGAGGUGGCCGAAACUGCCCGGGCGCUGGCCCGAGAGAGAGCCUUUUCAUCAUCUUAGGGAGGGGGAAAAAAGGGAAGAAAAAGACAUUUUUCUCCGUCGCUCUCGGGAUCUCUCUUCUGUCUUUAUUUUAUUGUUUUGGACAUUUUUGAGCGCCUGGGCUUGGACGGCCCUUUUUGUCUCACUGCUGGGUUAAAAAAAAAAAAUUUUUUUUUUUUUUUUUUUUUUUUUUUUUUUUUUUUUUUUUUUUACCUUCUUCAUCCCUCUCUGGCCACUAUGGAAUUCUAAUUUGAAUCAUGUUUGGAUUGAAGCCGCCACUGUAUUACUUACCAGGCAUGAGCCAUGAGCCCAAGUCCCCUUCACUAGGGAUGCUUUCCACCGCGACCAGGACCACCGCCACCGUCAACCCCCUCACCCCCUCGCCGCUCAAUGGCGCCCUGGUGCCCAGCAGCAGUCCCACCACCGGCAGUGCGCUGUCGGCCCAGGUCGCGCCGUCCUCCAGCUUUGCCGCCGCGCUGCGCAAGCUCGCCAAACAGGCGGAGGAGCCCAGAGGGUCUUCGCUGAGCAGCGAGUCGUCCCCCGUGUCCUCACCGGCCACCAACCACAGCUCUCCCGCCAGCACGCCCAAGCGCGUGCCCAUGGGCCCCGUCAUCGUCCCCCCUGGGGGCCACAGUGUGCCCAGCACCCCCCCCGUGGUGACCAUCGCCCCGACCAAGACCGUCAAUGGCGUCUGGAGGAGUGAGAACCGACAGCAGGACGCCGGCUCUCGGGGCGGCGGCGGCGGCGGUCGGGAGCGCCUCAUCGUGGAGCCCCCGCUGCCCCAGGAGAAGGCGGGGGGCCCCGCCAUCCCCUCCCACCUGCUCAGCACCCCCUACCCUUUCGGCAUCUCCCCCAGCUCCGUGGUGCAAGACUCGCGCUUCCCACCGCUCAACCUGCAGCGGCCUGUGCACCACGUGGUGCCCCCGAGCACCGUGACCGAGGACUACCUGAGGAGCUUCCGGCCCUACCACACCACCGAGGACCUCCGCAUGACCUCCCUGCCUCCCCUGGGCCUGGACCCGGCCGCCGCGGCCGCCGCCUACUAUCACCCCAGCUACCUGGCCCCGCACCCCUUCCCCCACCCAGCCUUCAGGAUGGACGACUCCUACUGCUUGUCGGCCCUACGGUCCCCCUUCUACCCCAUCCCCACGCCCGGCUCCCUGCCCCCGCUGCACCCAUCGGCUAUGCAUCUCCACCUGUCCGGGGUCCGCUAUCCCCCCGAGCUCUCCCACUCGUCCCUGGCGGCGCUGCACUCGGAGCGGAUGUCCGGCCUCAGUGCCGAGAGGCUACAGCUGGACGAGGAGCUGAGGCGCGAGCGGGAGCGGGAAGCCGACCGCGAGCGCGAGAAGGAGCGCGAGCGCGAGAAGGAGCGCGAGCGCGAGAAGGAGCUGGAACGGGAGCGGGAGAAGGAGCGCGAGCGGGAGCUGGAGCGCCAGCGGGAGCAGCGGGCCCGCGAGAAGGAGCUGCUGGCGGCCAAGGCGCUGGAGCCGGCCUUCCUGCCCGUGGCCGAGCUGCACGGGCUGCGGAGCCACGCCGCGGAGGAGCGGGCCAAGCCCUCGGAGCAGCUGACCCCCACGCGCCCAGAGAAGCUGAAGGAGGCAGGUCUGCAAGCCCCGAAGCCCGUGCAGCACCCCUUGCACCCGACGCCCGCCCCCCACCACAGCGUGCCCAGCCUCCUCUCCAACCACAGCAUCUUCUCGCUGCCGGGCAGCAGCGCGGCCACGGCCCUCCUGAUCCAGCGCACCAACGAGGAGGAGAAGUGGCUGGCGCGGCAGCGGAGGCUGCGGCAGGAGAAGGAGGACCGGCAGUCCCAGGUGUCCGAGUUCCGGCAGCAGGUGCUGGAGCAGCACUUGGACAUGGGCCGGCCCCCGGCGCCCGCGGAGGCGGAGCACAGGCCCGACAGCGCCAGGCCGGGACCGAACCGUCAGGAGCCGGGCAGCCGAGACCCCCCGCAGCACUUUGGCGGGCCCCCGCCCCUCAUCUCGCCCAAGCCCCAGCACCACUCCGUGCCCACGGGCCUCUGGAACCCCGUGUCCCUGAUGGACAGCACCCUGGAGACGCGGCGGGCCCCCGAGAGCCACCCCCUGCACAGCCACCCCGCCCCGUUCGAGCCCGGCCGCCAGGCGGCCGUCCCCCUGGUGAAGGUGGAGCGGGUCUACUGCGCGGAGAAGGCCGAGGAGGGGCCCCGGAAGCGAGAGGCCGCCCCCCUGGACAAGUACCAGCCGCCCCCACGGGAGGCGGGAAGCCUGGAGCACCAGGCCUUCGCCCACGGGCCCGCGCCCUUCCUGGCUGAGCUCGAGAAGUCCACGCAGACCCUCCUGGGCCAGCAGCGGGCCCCCCUCUCCCAGCCGGCGCCCUUCGGGGAGCUCCCCGGGCCCCUGAAGCCGGGCUCGCCCUACCGGCCCGCGGCCCCCCGGGGCCCCGACCCCGCCUACAUCUACGACGAGUUCCUGCAGCAGCGCCGGAAGCUGGUCAGCAAGCUGGACCUGGAGGAGCGCAGGCGGCGAGAAGCCCAGGAGAAAGGGUACUACUACGACCUGGACGACUCGUACGACGAGAGCGAUGAGGACGAGGUCAGGGCCCACCUCCGCUGCGUGGCCGAGCAGCCGCCGCUCAAGCUGGACACGUCCUCCGAGAAGCUAGAGUUUUUGCAACUUUUUGGCUUGACCACCCAACAGCAGAAGGAGGAAUUGUUGACCCAGAAGCGGAGGAAGCGGCGGCGGAUGCUGAGAGAGAGAAGCCCGUCGCCCCCGACGGUUCAGAACAAGCGGCAGACGCCUUCGCCGAGACUCGCACUGUCCACGCGCUACAGCCCCGACGACAUGAACAACAGCCCCAACUUCGAGGAGAAGAAGAAGUUCCUGACGAUCUUCAACCUGACUCACGUCAGCGCCGAGAAGAGGAAAGACAAAGAGAAACUUGUUGAAAUGCUCCAUGCCAUGAAGCAGAAGGCACUGUCCGUGGUGGUGGCGGACCCGCUCAGGAACUCUCCGAGGGACAGUCCUGCUAUCUCCCUGAGCGAACCAGCCACGCAGCCGACCUCUCUGGAUGCGGAGAAGCCUGUGGGUGUCGCUGCUUCCCUGGCUGACGUCCCAAAGGCCACGGAGCCUGGGAGACUGGAGCAGCUGUGGCCCCAGGAGCCCGCUCCUGCCGGCGGCGAGAAGGCCAGGCUGAGCGAGGCCCCCGGGGGCAAGAAGGGCGUGAGCAUGCUCCAUUACAUCCGGGGCCCCGCGCCCAAGGACAUUCCCGUGCCGCUGUCCCACAGCAUCAACGGGAAGAGCAAGCCGUGGGAGCCCUUCAUGGCGGAGGAGUUUGCGCAUCAGUUCCACGAGUCUGUGCUGCAGUCCACCCAGAAGGCCCUGCAGAAGCACAAAGGGAACGUGGCCGUGCUGUCUGCGGAGCAGAACCACAAAAUGGACACGUCCAUCCACUACAACAUUCCCGAGCUGCAGUCGUCCAGCCGGCUCCCUGUGCCCCCGCACAACGGGCAGCAGGAGGCCCCCACCGGGAGGAAGGGCCCCCUCACGCAGGAAAUGGACCAGGCCUCGGAGGACGACGACGAAGACGGGGAGGAGGACGACGACGAGCCCCCCAGGCGCAAGUGGCAAGGGAUUGAGGCCAUUUUUGAAGCUUAUCAGGAACACCUAGAAGAGCAAAAUCUGGAGCGGCAGGUGUUGCAGACGCAGUGCAGGCGGCUGGAGGCACAGCAUUAUAGCCUCAGCCUCACAGCCGAGCAGCUCUCUCACAGCAUGGCGGAGUUGAGGAGCCAGAAACAGAAGAUUGUUUCCGAGAGGGAGCGACUCCAGGCAGAACUGGAUCACUUAAGGAAGUGCCUUGUGUUGCCUGCAAUGCACUGGCCUAGAGGUUACUUUAAGGGAUAUCCUAGGUGACGGUUUCCCUUGUGCUAGGCCGAACCUAUAGUAUAGAAAUAUUAUCUAUUUUAUUACCUUGAAUAUUUAAUAUUUUUCACUGGGAGGUUUGAAGCUUAAAAUUUAAAAAAAAGAAAAAAAAAAAAAGAAAAAAAAAGAGAAUGUGCCAUGCAUGAAGCAAAGGACUCCAGGCCCCAGAAGAACGAACCCGCCUUGACUUCAAUGCAACGGAAUCACCUUUGUCAUUCAGCGAGCAACCGACUAGGACGCCCAUCGUUCUUUUUGUUUGGUCUUUUCUUUUCUUUUUAAAGGUGGUUUUCUUCUUCCCCCACGCCAUUAUUUUCUAGUCUGAAAGUGAAGGCUCCCUUACCAACACUAAAACUGUAUCAUUGAGGGCCCCUAGGUGCGGAAUAACGGAUCAGGCCGACUGUGUUGGGUUUCUGGUGUGGCCACGCGGCUCCCCGCCUCCUCGAGCCCCCCCCCCCCCCCCCCCCCCCCGUCCCCUUCCGCCCCCGGCGCGGGGUCGGCCUCGCUCCUCCCCAGGACGGACACCGGCUUCGGCAGAAGGAAGGCAGGGUGCAUUUUCCUGGCAAAGGGCUUAUUUGUUUGUUACUUUUCUGCAAAAUUUUCUCCGAAGCAACAGGUCCUAGGAGCCCACAAAGCACCAAUACCGAAGCCUCACCCACAGGCUUUCCCCCGGAAAAGCUCUUAUCUAAAGUGUAUCACCCAACUGAAGGUACCUUUUUACUACUCCGUGGGGGAAAAUGUACAGAGCUCUAUGUAUACAUACGGUCACACCCACGAAAUUGUUACUGCGGUGGGUUGUGUUUUCAUACAAACGUAAAUUUUGAGAGAAAAGUCAAAGGUGCUUCAGCCUUGUACUGUGUAUAUAUAUUAAAAAAAAAAAACAAA